AUGGCAUCUACAAAAUUAUUAUUAAUCGUCCUCAUCUGCUUGAUUCCAAGUGCCUUCUCAUUCUGGUCAGGUUGUCCUAAUGGUCGACUUCCAUUGAAUGUUCGCUCUGAUUUAUGCAAUUCUGAACGAUGCGUUGUUACUCGCGGUGAGAGAAUUAUCAUGGAAAUCACAUUAGACUUUUUAGAAGCACAUCCAACACUUCGUCCAAGAGCUACAAUGUUCUUUUUGGGAGUUGGAAUUCAAGUUCCUGAUGUUCCUGGCCAUGAUGAUGUAUGCCCACAUCUCUUCUCCGACGGAGUCUUCCAAGGUUGUCCAACAACUCCAGCAAGAGUUUACGACUGGGUCAUUGAUAUGACUGUACCAGCUACACUCCCAGCUUUCCAGAAUGGAAGAAUGCGUGUUGAAAUUCUUGAUGGAACACGAGUGGUCAGCUGCUUUGAAGCUGUUGUCCAAAGUGCAUUCUCAUUUUGGACAAGCUGUGCAGUCGGACGUGCACCGAUCAGUGUAACAUCUCCACAAUGUGAAUCUGGAUCACAAAGAUGUGUACUUACUCGUGGUGAUCCACUCCAAAUGGAUAUUACAAUGGAUUUCUUAGAGUCACAUCCAGCAUUAAUUACGAGAGUUACAAUGCUUGUUUUGGGAAUAUGGAUUAAUAUUCCAAAUAUUCCAGAGUACGAGAAUGUAUGUCAAUUCCUUUACUCCGAUGGAGUAUUAACAGGCUGUCCAACUGUUCCUGGUACAAUUUAUACCUGGAAAAUGAAUGUUAACAUUCCAACGUCAGUUCCAGCUGUGCAAAAUGGACGAAUUCGUCUUGAAGCUAUGGAUGGAAAUAAUAUUGCUACAUGUUUUGAAAUUAUUGGGACAUUGUUUUAAAUUGUAUAAAAAUUAUGUGAAAUUAAAUUUUAAGUGAUGUGAUUUAAAA